UAACAAUCUAAUAUGUGAUUAGUACUUGACAAAAUCCAAUAUUUUCUUUAUUAUUAUAAUCUACUUGAUGAAAAAAAUAUUAAUCAAAUCCUAUGAUAAUAUUAAACUGAAGAAAUGAAUAGUUCCUGUUUAACCAAUACAGAAGCCAAGUCGCCGUUUUUGAUUGGGGUGGCUGGAGGUACUGCAUGUGGAAAGUCUACCGUUUGCAAGAAUAUUAUUGAGAAAUUAGGACAAACUAAUUUAGAUGAAGCAAGAAGACAGGUGGUAUCAAUUAGUCAAGAUAGCUUUUAUAGAGAAUUAAAUGCCGCUGAAAAAAUCAAAGCCUCAAAAGGACAAUUUAAUUUUGAUCAUCCUGAUGCAUUUGAUGAAGUUUUCAUGUAUCAAACUUUAACCGAUAUUCAAGCAGGGAAGACAUGUAGUAUUCCAGUUUACAACUAUAAAACCAAUUCAAGGAGCAAGAAUGACAACAUUGUCAUAUAUCCAGCAGAUGUAGUGAUAGUUGAAGGCAUAUUAGCAUUUUAUUUUCCUGCAAUACGAGAUCUCUUUCAUAUGAAAUUAUUCGUUGACACCGAUUCAGAUACUAGAUUAGCUAGAAGAGUUCCUAGAGAUAUAAAUGAAAGAGGUAGAGAUUUAGAACAAGUUUUAAACCAAUACAUGAAUUUUGUAAAACCAGCUUUCGAAGAAUUUUGUUUACCGACUAAAAAAUUUGCUGAUAUUAUCAUACCAAGAGGAGCAGAAAAUUUUGUGGCCAUAGAUUUGAUUGUACAACAUAUAAGGGAUUUAUUAAAUAGUGAAAAUUGUACUCAAUUCGAACUAGCAGAAGGAUUAGUACCAUUACAUACAAAUAAUGUAAACGCAUCUAGACUACAUUAAAACUAAUUUGACACAAUAUAUUUUUAUAAAUGUUGAUCCAUCAUUUUACAUAGAAAAUAUGUUUGUAAUUUUGAAUGAAUAAAUCUUUAACAGGUAUUUUAA